AUGGGAAUUGAAACAAGGGGUGCUUGGGAGGUGUGUGGCCAGCUCUGGCUGGGAGGGCAGAUCCUGCUCUAGCUACUUUAGUGUUUGUGGGAUUUUUACACCACGUGGGCUCGUGUCUUUCCUUUGGCUGCCCCAGAUGUUACACUGUUGAUUAUUACUUGCUAGUAAAAGCCACCUCAGGUCCCCAGGAUGUGCUGCAUGAGCAGAGACCGUGUUUUGAAUUGCAGCAGUAUUUUCUGUGCUGCCGCUUCCCUUUCACUAGGUGGCACUGAGAAAAGCCUCUCUGUGCUGCUCUGGGCCUUUCCCUUUCCCCUUUUGCUGGUAUCUCCUUGGCAGAGGCACAUCCGGCCGCUCUCAGACAACAGCCCUGAGCCACCAGCCCCAGGUCCAUUUCUUGGCAGGAGAGGGGCCAGCAGCUGGCAGGGGAGCAGCUGCUGAGCCAGCCACAGAUGCCAAGCAGAGCUGGGAGAGAGCAAAGGAGCCAAGCACCAGCAAUGCCUGGCAAUGCAGCACUCAGACAAACCCGUGACGUAUUCCAGCGAGCACCCAGUUAAGGCCCUCUGGGUGGCAGCGGGAUUUGAGAGCCCACUGGCUUGGCAGGGGGGUUAUAGGGAAAGUUGGGGUGCAGAUGUGGGGGAGGAGGGACUAGGGUCACUCUCCCCCUGUGAUCUGAAAAGCAGGAAGCUUUUCACGCAGCUGUAGUUUUUAAAGCAACUCAUGUCGUUCCAGGAGCCAGUGGUUUUAAAGGGGACUGGUUGGCCUGGCUGGUUUGGUCUUACCUGGGGCUGUGACGAAGAGAGAGGCCAAGGUGCCUUGGCAAAGCGGCUCCUCGCUUGCAGGACUGUCUGGGUGUUGGGGUUUGGCAGUCAGCAGAGAGUAGUUUGUCUUUGCCUCUCCUGUGUCCCAGCUGGUUGGAUGUGAUAUUUACUAGGUGCUGAUCUGCCUGGGCUGGGGAAAUACCUUUCAGACUUGCAAGCCCAGCACCAAGCUCCCUGGUUCUUUCGAUGGAAAACCAGAGGAUGCUAAAGACGCAGGAGUCCUGCGCGAGCCGAGGCAGCGGGCUGAGCGAGCUGGUAGGGAACAGGAAGCUGAUGGUUUUGGGGGCCCUCUUAGCCUGGUUAUUCGUCGUGCACUUGCUGGUUAACGUCUGGCUGCUUUGCCUCCUCUCUGGCUUGCUGGCGGUGUUGGGGGGAUGGCUGGGGUCCCAGGCCGUCAUCGGCACCCGCAGCCGGCUCCACUUGGAACGGUUCGUCCUGCUGGAGAGCUGCCCGCAGAGCCCCGAGGCGGAGAGGGAGCUGGACGAGGAGAUUGACCACAUGAUCCAGAAGAUCAUCCGGGACUUUGUGUCCUCGUGGUACCGGACGGUCAGCAGCGAGCAGGGCUUUGAGGAAGAGGUGAGGAAGGCUAUGACAGGCCUGGCCCUAGAGCUCAAAAGGAGGAUGGCACUGGUGGACAAGCAAGCCUUGACCCAUAAGAUUCUCUUGCUUUGUGGUUGCCACCUGCAAAGCUACAUGAAAGCAAGGGAGAGCAUGGAGGCUGCAAGUGACCCGGCAGUACCAGCUCAGCUGGCAGACCAGCUCUGGCGAGCGUACGGCGAGAUCUCUGCCCCACACCCAGCCGUCCAGAGCCCAGUCAUGGAAGUGAACUAUGCCCGGAGCAUUGUGGACCUGUUGCUCCGGGUGCUGGUGCCCAAGCCUCACCUGGAAACUAGGACCGGGCGCUUCGUAGUGGUGGAGCUGGUCACCUGCAAUGUUCUUCUGCCUAUGAUCAAGAAAAUGUCUGAUCCUGACUGGAUCAACCUGUUGCUAAUUGGGAUUUUCUCCAAGAUGGGCAGCAAAGGGGUGAGAAGGGGAAAAGGGGAGGAGCCUCCGUUGGCUGCCUCCCCCUGCCAGCCCACAGUGCCGAAUACUUUGCCCCUGAAAGUUGUGGCACCAUCUCCAAGGCAUUCGGAGCUCCCCAGUUACGAUGUGGUGGACAGCCUGGAAUGCAACCCCCAGGAAGCAGAACAGGAGAAGGACCUGAUGAGCGGAGAGCCUGGUGCUGACGUUGACGGUAGGAAAGCCGGGAGCACGCCCGUGCACUACCCCCAGCCAGAUAGUCUGGGUUCCCUCUUCCUGUGUGAGGACUCAGAGCUGGAGUCCCCUAUGUCUGAUCUCGGCAAGGACUCUGAUUCCGUGGUGCUCUUGUCCACGGAGGAAUUCCUCACUGACACAUUCCAGGAUUCCUUUGCAGUGCUGGAGGGGUCGGACGGCCUGGACCAAGAGGACGGUGUGGUUGCCAAGGAUGGGUAUCUGGAGGAGAUCACCGCCUCUAGCUCUGAAAGGAGCGUCCUCCCCUCUGCGCUGGGCCAGUGCCCUGACAUACAAAUCGACCCCGCAGUGGAGAAGGAAGAAAGCUUGGCCUCUGUCGCCGCCCUGCUGGCCGAUCCAGAGAAGCCUUUCUCGAGGCGACCGUCCUUUCUGGAGAACCCAGCGAAGAGUCCCCUGGACCCCAGCCAGCCGCCUCUCCCACUUUACUCCUCCCAUACCUUCAGCUUUGAGCCGCUCAGUAGCCCUGACAGCCCAGUCAUCAUCCAGAACCUGCGGAUAACCGGAACCAUCACUGCCCGGGAGCACAGCGGGACAGGGUUCCAUCCCUACACACUCUACACAGUCAAGUAUGAGACAGCGCUGGAGAGUGAGAACGCCAACAGCCUCCAGCAAGUGGCCUACCACACGGUGAACCGGCGCUAUCGCGAGUUCCUGAACCUGCAGACCAGGCUGGAGGAGAAACCCGAGCUGCGGAAAUUCGUUAAAAAUGUCAAAGGUCCAAAGAAACUUUUUCCUGAUCUUCCAUUUGGAAACAUGGACAGUGACAAGGUGGAAGCCAGAAAAAGUCUCCUGGAAUCGUUCUUGAAGCAACUGUGCAGCAUUCCCGAGAUUGCCAAUAGUGAGCAGGUGCAGGAGUUCCUCGCCCUGAACACGGACGCCAGGAUCGCGUUUGUCAAGAAACCCUUUGUGGUCUCCAGGAUAGACAAGAUUGUGCUCAAUGCCAUUGUGGACACUCUGAAGACGGCGUUCCCCAGGUCGGAACCUCAGAGCCCAACAGAAGAGCUCAGCGAGGCAGAGGUGGAUGGGAAAUCCCAGACAGAUGGGAAGAAGGCUAAUAAGCCCAGGCUGAGGUUCCCGUCCAGUAAAAUCGCUCCAGUGCUGAGCGUGGCCGAAGCACAUGAGAAGAUCCUGUACGGCCUGAGGGAGGGCAGCACUGUCUCUGACGCCUUGUCCCUGGCUGGGAUGGAGUCCUUCAUUCGGAAGCAGGAGAAGUUGCUGGAGGCGAUGUCCAGCGAGGCCCCGGAAACCGAAGGGGCGGACCCCACGCAUGUUCCGCAGCAGCCAGUGUACCAGAAGGAUGACCCUGGUUCUGAGACGCCCCUGGCAGACACGGCUCUGGACCUGCUGCAUCUGCUGCUGAUGGAUCGCUGGAGCUGGCUCUGCACUGAGAACAUGCAGAAGGUGCUGCACCUGCUCUUUGGGUCCCUGAUCCAAAGGUGGCUGGAAGUGCAGGUGACUAACCUGACCUGCACUCAGCGCUGGGUCCAGUACCUCCGAUUGCUGCAGGAAUCCAUCUGGCCCGGGGGAGUCUUACCAGCGGUGCCUAAACCUUUCAGGACGCAGGAGCAGAAGGAGGCAACGGCACAGCAAGCCUUGCAGAGCCUGAUGGGACUCCUUCCUGACUUAAUUCUGGAAAUCCUUGGGACAAGCAGAUGUCAACUGAGCUGGAACCUGGUCCUUGAGUCACUACGUCAACCCAUCAUAAACAGGCACUUGGUUUACCGCCUCUCGGACAUCCUGCUGGAGUUUUUGAUACUUAAUAACUCCAGUGAUGAUCCCAAAACAACAGCUGUAACUUCAUCUGUCUCUAACUGCCCCGAGACAGCAAGCAUUUCCCCACAUUAACCAGGGCUGCUGUUGCCAGCGACAAAGAAGAAUGGGCAGCAGAGAAAAGAAUUCAUAGGCAUCAGGCGACUGGCAUUCAGUGUUUGCUGGACAGGGCUGGAAGUUUCUUAAUUAACUACCCCAGCCGGUCCAACAUGAGGCUUCUUUCAGGCUUCUCCUUGUUGGCGGGGUGACUGACUAUGCCCAAUGUGAGCAGAUGGAGAUGUUUGUGUGUAACAUUAGUGUCCAUUCCAUAACUCACGUGAUGGAGAGCAAGGCGCUCACGGCGGAAAAGCACCUGAUCUCUCUUGGGGCAAGCAGGCUGCUAAGUGAGGCCAGGCCAGCCACAAAUCCUACUUGGAUGUAAUUUCAUGCCCUUACCUUUGUCUCUUGAAUCUGAGUAGUCCUGACCCAGACUGGUCGGUGGCACAUCAGGGUUGGUUCAAGGCCUUUGGGCCCUGGCACUGAUGUGCAGAGACAUGACCCCAGGACGUCCCAUCAUCUGAACUCCCAUGCCAUAUAAGGCAAAAAGAAGAAGGAUUGCAGCUCUUAUCCCUAGUAAAUGAAUUCACCACUUAGCUCCUCAUUGAGCGAAGGCUGCACGGUGCUGAGAUUCCUGCCUGACCUUCUCCCAUUCAGGGUGGAUGUCUGCAUGGAGAAAUCCUCAUGCCAUACCUGUUCCUUCCCAGAAAGAUGAGAUAGAGACAAGAAGACAUCCCCAGGGGGAGUUCAUGCCUUUUGUGCUUUCCAUUCAAAUCUGUGGGAACUCCAGAGCGAUGGGUAACAAGCAGAAAGCUCCUGCCUUGCCUUAGGGGCAGGGAAAGGUGCCUCACACCAUUGCAACUCCAGGAUCAUCUUGUUUCAAGAUCCCUCAUUGCCCAGGCCGAGGAGAGGGAUCUGGGGUGAAACAGAACUGGAGGGCACCACAUCCAUCCCCAAGUCAUCUGCCUGUGCAGGGAAAAUUGAAGAUUAUGGGGCAAUGGCUCCCCUACCCCAUGUUGUCUUGUAAGUGGGGAUUGUUAAGGGUCCCAGGGUUACAAUGCAGGCACCGCACCACAGAUGAGCAGCAGCUUCUUUAGCAUGAAGGCCGGGUACUGUUUGGAAUCUGAGACCAUCCCUGAUCUCAGCUUCACCAGAGGAUCUCUACCAUUGAUUCGUGGCCGGGCUACUCUGUGGAAGAAAGGAACUGACUCAUAUGAGGCACGCGGGCAAUAAAUUAGUUUCUAUAACCAUAGACUGCCUCUUGCAGCAAGUUCUUGGAGAUCCAUCACCUCACUGGUGCUCAAAGGAGUUUAUCAUACAGCUCUCAUUGGUAGCUAAGUGGGAGGGUGGUUAAAGCAGGCAGUGGGUGUCCAGACUCCAGGGUUCCAUCCCCAGCUCUACCCUGGCUUGCUGUGUGACCAUGAGCAAGUCACUUUAACCUUGUUGUGCCUCAGUUUCCCUAGCUGUAAAAUCGGGAGGGAUAUCGUUAGGGUUGAUCUAUUGUUUGCAUAGUGCUUUAGAGACCGGGUAUGUUGUAGAAGCAGCACAUGGUGGUAUUAUAUAUCUAUCGCCAAUCACUGUACGAUGCCCCAGGGUGACAAUCUCUCAGCAUAUCAAAGGCAUCAUGGGCUUAUGGUGCCCCACUGUUGAAUUAAUGUUAAAGCAGGUGAACAGGGUAUAUGAGCAUCAACAAAAGUAUUUGCAUUUCAUCCAGCACAUGGGCCACAUUUCACCAGGUCCCAAGCCACAGUCUAACUGGCAUUGGACUUUUUCAUCCAAGAAGACCCUGCCUCCUGUGAUUCUCGACAGUUUAAAAUAGAUAAUGGGGGAGAGCUGGCAUGAGAGAGGCCUGCAAGGUCAUGGCGAUCAUUUCCAUUCUACACUACAUCCCAAUGUGCUUGUCCUCUCUUACAAGGGUUACACUCAAUUACCCACGAACUAAAAGGGAAGAGCAUUAGCCUGUCACACGAGCCCACUAGUCCCCAAUCAUUGUGCUGGAUUUGGGUGUGCAUCAUUUUCACUGUAGAGGACAUUUAGCCGGAGGAAUGAGUAACACUAGUGCAGGUAGCCUUGAAGACACAGACCCUGCUCUUUCCAGAUGGAGACAGCCGCAGUCUCCUGUGUGGGUAUCUACCCUUUGGUGUGUGUACUGCCUACAAGUAUGUGAAAGGUAUAAACAGUAAGGGAGGGGGGUCAUUUAGGAUGGUCUGGGGGAGCCCAAAAGCUAAGGAGAACUCAGAUGAAAUUGAGCAAAAGGAAGUUUUAGGCUGUCUAUGGGCGAAAACUUCCUAACCAAUGCCAUGAUCUCUUAAGGGAAGGAAUAGCCUCCCAAGCGGAAAGGGAGAAAGUCCAUUGUUUGAAUCGUUUAAG